AUGAUACAAACGUGCAUGUCGACUACACAGUCAACGGAAAAUUCUGGUCGAGCUUCGCUUCACAGGAAAGAAACUUGCGCGCCACUCCACGGCACCAACGCCUACAAGUUGGGAUGCACAGCAGCACUGGGCAAACAAGCCAUGGGGAGCACGAGCGCCAGCACCAUGGCGAUGGCGAACACCACUUCCUCCUCAGCGGAAGAAGGCGUCGGCGCGCACGUCCUGCUCCUGCCGUACCCGGGCGCGCAGGGCCACACCAACCCGAUGCUCCAGUUCGGCCGCCGCCUCGCGUACCACGGCCUCCGCCCCACGCUCGUCACCUCGCGGUAUGUGCUCUCCACCACUCCGCCCCCUGGAGAGCCCUUCAGCGUGGCCGCCAUCUCGGACGGCUUCGACGCGGGCGGCGCGGCCUCGUGCCCCGACCUCUCCGAGUACAGGCGCCAGCUUGAGGCCGUGGGCGCCGACACUCUGGCGGAGCUGCUGCAGUCGGAGGCACGGGAGGGGCGGCAGGUGCGCGUGUUAGUGUACGACCCGCACCUGCCCUGGGCGCGGCGGGUGGCGCAGGCAGCGGGCGUGGCGGCCGCGGCAUUCCUGUCGCAGCCAUGCUCCGUGGACAUCGUCUUCGGGGAGGUAUGGGCGGGGAGGCUGGCGCUGCCGGUAAAGGACGGGAGAGAGCUACACGCGCGCGGGCUGCUGGGAGUAGAGCUGGGGUUCGACGACGUGUCGCCGUUCGCAGCGAGACCGGACUGUUACCCGGUGCUCGUUCAAGCAUUGAUGCGGCAGUUCGAGGGGCUGGAGGACGCCGACGACGUGCUUGUCAACUCAUUCCACGACAUCGAACCAGAGGAGGCAGAUUACAUGGAGUUAACAUGGCAUGCAAAGACAAUCGGCCCAACCUUGCCGUCAUUCUACCUCGAUGACGACCGUAUGCCGUCCAACAAGGCUUACGGUUUUGACCUCUUCAGCAGCACUGUGUCGUGUAUGGCUUGGCUUGACAAGCAGCCUCCUUGCUCUGUACUCUUUGUAUCCUAUGGGACUGUUUCAGAAUACGACGAAGCACAAUUACAGGAGCUUGGCAAUGGACUGUGCAAUUCUGGCAAACCAUUCCUUUGGGUUGUGAGGACAAACGAGGAACACAAGCUGUCCAUUGAACUCCGUGACAAGUGCAAGGAACAGGGCAUUAUUGUUUCUUGGUGCCCCCAGCUUGAGGUCCUGGCACAUAAAGCCACAGGUUGUUUCUUCACGCACUGUGGAUGGAACUCGACAUUGGAGGCAAUUGCUAAUGGUGUGCCAAUGGUGGCAAUACCGCAUUGGGCAGACCAGCCUACCAUAUCAAAAUAUAUGGAAAGCAUGUGGGGCAUGGGAGUGCGGGUGCGCAAGGAAGAGAAUGGCUUGGUGAUGAGAGACGAGGUAGAAAGGUGCAUCAGGGAGGUGAUGGAUGGAGAGAGGAAGGAUGAGUACAGGAGGAAUGCCACUAUGUGGAGGCAGAAGGCCAGGGAGGCAAUGCAGAAAGGAGGGAGCUCCGACAAGAACAUUGCUGAAUUCGCCGCAAAGUAUUCAUCAAGUUAAACAUCCAGUGAUAUAGUAUAAGUUAGAGAGCAUAAUAAUUUUUUAUGAUACUGUACCUUUUAAAAUAUUCAGGAAGGUCAAAGAUGCUGAAAUUUUGAUAUGUGUGUCGUUGAAAAGGCAACGUUACAUGUCUGUCAUUUGACUGUUUUACUUAAUUUUUGAAGGAUUGUAAGUGCUACUUGCAGGUGUUUAUCAUAUUUAAAUGAAGGAUAUUUGCAUACCUUAAGAUA